UCUUAUUCAAAUCCGUAGCACUCAGAAAAAACCCUAAAUUCCCAAAUCAUUUCAAAUUUCAAAACCUUCCAACUCCCGCUCCUCUCUCUCCGAUUCUCCCAUUUCCCCGGCGGUUUCACUCUCCGGCACACUCCCCAAAACGCCGUCGUAAUGGGCGCCAACCACAGCCAAGAAGAUCUGGAUCUCUCCGACUCCGAAUCCGACUCCGAAUCCCAUGAAACCACCAAUCAGGAAUCCGAAUCGGAGGAUACGUACGGCACCCCAUCGUCGCAUCCUUCUGGCGGCGGCGGCUCCGGCAAGAAAAUCACCGACCCCAAUACGCCGUCGUCGCUCGACGAAGUCGAAUCUAGGCUCAGGGCGCUCAAACUGAAGUACAACAAAGACACACCGAACCCUAAUCUGAAGAAUGCGGUGAAGCUCUACCUCCACGUGGGCGGCCGCACCGAGAAAUCCAAAUGGGUGGUGGUCGAAAAGGUCGUUUCUUACUCGUUCGUCAAGACGGCUUCCGAUGGUGGGGAGGAAGACGAUUCCGACGAGGAGGAAGGACCCGACCCGAAUUCGUGGUGGGUUCUGAAAAUCGGGUCGAAAGUGCGGGCGAAGGUCGACGAGAAUUUGCAGCUGAAGGCGUGUAAGGAGCAGAAGCGCGUGGAUUUCGUAGCCAAUGGGGUUUGGGCGAUUAAGUUCUUCAGCCAGGAAGAAUGGGAUCGUUUUACUAAAAUAUAUCAGGACUGCCUUUUCCACAACACUUACGGCUACGAAGCGAACGACGAGAAUAAGCUGAAGGUUUACGGAAAGGAUUUUCUCGGAUGGGCUAACCCUGAAGCAGCCGAUGAUUCCAUGUGGGAGGAUGCAGAGGAGACUCUGUUCAAAACUCCUCCCGCGAAAACGCCCCUAAAAAGAAGUCACGAUUUGACAGAGGAGCUGGGAGAAGAUGCAAUGAACGGUAGUGCGAUUCAGAGUUUAGCAUUGGGUGCUUUGGACAACAGCUUUUUGGUUAGUGAUUCGGGUAUUCAGGUCGUUAGGAACUAUAGUCAUGGUAUUCAAGGGAAAGGGAUAUACGUUAACUUCGACGAUGGCAAAUCGAGUGCGAGAAAAGGUGCUAAUUCCACUCAUUUGACCCCAAGAAAAGCUUUGCUUAUGAGGGCCGAGACGAACAUGCUUCUGAUGAGUCCAAUGAACGACGGCAAACCACAUGCCAGAGGUUUGCAUCAGCUCGAUAUCGAAACGGGGCGAGUUGUUACCGAGUGGAAAUUCGAGAAAGAUGGAGCGGAUAUUAAUAUGAGAGAUAUCACGAACGAUAGUAAAGGGGCUCAAAUGGAUCCAUCUGGAUCGACUUUCUUGGGUUUGGAUGAUAACAGGCUGUGCAGGUGGGAUAUGCGGGACCGCAAAGGAAUAGUGCAGAAUAUCGUGAAUGAAAGUACGCCUGUCUUGAAUUGGACUCAAGGGCAUCAGUUCUCGAGGGGGACUAAUUUUCAGUGCUUUGCUACCGCUGGUGAUGGUUCGAUUGUGGUCGGGUCGCUCGACGGGAAAAUUAGGUUGUAUUCGGUUAGUUCUAUGAGGCAGGCGAAGACUGCAUUUCCUGGACUUGGUUCGCCUAUCACUCAUGUUGAUGUUACAUAUGAUGGGAAAUGGAUUUUGGGAACUACCGAUAGUUACUUGAUUCUCAUAUGCAGUUUGUUCACGGAUAAAGAUGGGAAGACUAAGACUGGGUUUUCUGGUCGUAUGGGGCAUAGGAUCUCUGCUCCGAGAUUGUUGAAGCUGAAUCCGGUGGAUUCUCAUACGGCUGGAACAAGCAAGUUCCGUAAUGCUCAGUUUUCGUGGGUCACUGAAAACGGAAGGCAGGAGCGGCACCUUGUUGCCACUGUGGGCAAGUUCAGCGUAAUAUGGAAUUUCCAACAGGUGAAAGACGGGUCCCACGAAUGUUACCAGAAUCAAUUGGGCUUGAAAAGCUGCUACUGCUACAAGAUAGUUCUGAAAGACGACUCCAUUGUUGACAGUCGUUUCAUGCACGAGAAAUUUGCAGUCAGCGAUUCGCCUGAAGCUCCAUUAGUGGUGGCCACCCCCAUGAAAGUCAGCUCCUUCAGCAUAUCGAGCAGUCGACUCUGCAUGUGAGAGCGAGAGUCGGAUUUUACUAUGUGUAGUAACAUCUUAGGUUUUUAUUUGGCUUGUAAUGUUUUGAGUGUGUGUGUGUGUUUGUAUUGUUUGAGAAUUCUUUUUGUUGGGAGGUCAAUUUUAGAGGAUUGACUUUGUAUCUGCAGUUAGUUAUAUUGUUGGUAGUCUUUUUAAAGACUUAAAUUAGGUUGCACCUGACAACCUUAAUUGUUGUAGUACUUGGGAUGGAUAUUAAGAUAAUUGUAGUGUGAUGACUUUUGUUCUUGGAUAGAUGUAAUUUUUAAUUUUUUUUAAAGAAAAAACAAUUACCUUCUUAG